AUGAUCUCUAAUAUUAAAAACCACUCAGAUGAUGAGUCAAAAAAUAAUAAACCUUUCUUAUUGUUUAUGAUAAAUAAUAAUAAGGAAAAGUUGAAUAUCGAUAUGCAUAACACAAAGGAAAAAGACAAACUUAAUUGUAACUUAAAUAAAACACAGGAAAAUACAAGUGCCACUAAUAAAAACAAUAAUACCAAUGAUAAGACAAUUUAUGAAAGUAGUGUGUGUAAUGUACAAAAUGUAGAACAAGAUAUUAUUCCUUGUAUUUUUAUGGAUGAAAAGGAAAAAAAAGUAAAAAAUUACAAACAAGAUGAAACAUAUGAUAUGAAAUGUUCUACAAGUAUAAAUGAGUAUUUACAAAAAAGUAAUUUAAUUACUAUGAAUAAUGAUGAAGAUUCAAAAUCCGAAAAAAAUGAUAAUUAUAUCAAUAUAAGCAAUAAAAUUUCCGAUUAUAAUAAAAAUAAUACUAAUUAUAGUAGUAAUGGUAGUACAAGUGAUAGUAGCCAUAAUAAUAAUAUGUUUUAUGAAGAUUUAUUAAGCUCACAAAAUAGCCAAAUGUCAGUUUUGAACUCAAAUAAUUCGGAAAAUUGUCAAUUAAUGGAUAUUAAUUCGACUGAAAUUGUUCAAAAUUUAAAAAAUAACAUAAGUAUCAAUUUAAAGCCUUUUAAGAAAAAUAAUAUUCAUGAAAAUUCCAUAAAUACAGACAUUCAAAAUGAUCAAUCGUCUAUAAUUAAAAGUACAGAUCAAAAAUGUAACAUAUAUAAUAAAGAUUGUAAUGGCAUAAAUUAUAUCGAAAAUAAUAGUAAUUUUACUGAUAAAAAUAAAAACGCCCAAAAUAGUAAUGAAGAUAAAGAGAAGGAAAUAUAUCAUAAAAAUGAUGAUGAUGAUGAUGAUGAUAAGAAAUAUAUAAUGAGUUAUGUAAAUAGAAAUAAAAGAAAUGAUAUAAUGAUUGAUAAUGAAAAAGAUAUAAAAGUUGAUAAUAGAUAUAAUAAAAUAAUAGAAAAACAAACAGAUAAAAUAUUCAUUAAAAAUUGUGUAAAAAUUAACAAAUCAGAAAAUAAGCAAAAUGAAAUUAAAAAUAAUGAUAAAGAUCAGGGAAAAUGUAAUGUGGAAAUAGUUGAUAAUAUAAUUAAACAACAUAAUAAUAGAUUUAAAAAUAAAAAGGAAAUUAAAAACAUAAAAAAUAAACUUGUAAAUAAAAGGAAAUUAACAAUGGAAAAAAUUAUAAAGGAAAUUAACAAAUGGGAAAAAGUUAAUUAUACAUAUGAUCGAUUAAAAAAAUGGAAUAUUUAUGAAAAAAAUAAGUGCAUUAAUAUUUACGGGAAUCGUGUGCAUAUUAUUAGAUGUUUAAAAAAUAAAUAUAAUAAUAUGAACAAUUAUAUUAUUUUUAAUAAUUCUACACACAACAUAGGAUCUCAUGCUGUUCUUAAACAAGGUAAUGAAAAAGUUGAAAAUUCAAUAGAAGGCAAAGUUGGAAAAUUUGAACAUAAUUAUAAACAAUGUAAUGAUAAUAAUAAUAAUGAAAAAUGUAUUGGAGAACAUAAAAAUACCGGUGUUAAAAGUGAAAUUGAUAAUUCAAGUUAUAUUAAAAAAUAUAUAACAUUAAAAAAAAUUAAGGAACACUUUAUGAGUUGUAAAACGAAUUGUAAUAAUGUAGAUGAAGAUAAUAAAAAUCGAAAUAUAAAAAACAACAAAAUACAGAAGGAAAAAGAUAAUCCACAUAAAAAUAAGACAAAUAAAAAUAUUUUAUACACACUUUUUGAAAAUAAAAAUGAUGGAUGUAGAAAUGUUGUAACAACUCAUAAAAUAGGUAAAGAAGAAAAUAAAAGGGAUCCACAAAAUACAUUAAUAAAAGCUGAACAUAUUGGAUUAGUAACAAACCCGUUAAGUAAUUCAAGUAAACAAAAUGAAGAACCAAAUAAUGAUAAAAGUAUAAAUAUUAUACAAGAAAAUAAAAAGGCACAAAUUAAUGUGGAUGAAAAAAAUAAGCAUAAUUGUCCAUUAAGCAGAACUAAUUGUAUCAAUUAUGACUUAACAAGAAAUAAUGACAAUAAUGAUGAAAAUGAUGAAAAUGAUGAAAAUGGUGAAAAUGGUGAAAAUUAUGAAAAUGAUGAAAAUGGUGAAAAUUAUGAAAAUGAUGAAAAUUAUGAAAAUGGUGAAAAUGAUGAAAAUUAUGAAAAUGGUGAAAAUGAUGAAAAUGAUAAAAAUGAUGAUGAAAUUUUAUAUAGAUCUAAAAAUGAUUUUAAUACAAAUUUAAAUAUUAUAAAUGAAAAUCCAAAAAAUGAUGUUAUAGAAAAUAGUACUCAAAUUACAAGUAAUCAAAGUAAGACAGAUAAUAAAAAUAGUGACCAACGAUCUAACCACAUUAAUAAUAAAAACUCUAAAGAUAUACAUCAAUCAAAUAAUAAUAUAAAAAUUGAAGAUUCAUUAAUAUGUACAAAUGAAAUAAAUAUGAAAACUUUACAUAAUAAUAAUGACCAAAUUGAAGAAAAUCGAUUAUCAAGCAAUACAAAUAUGUUAAACUAUAUUAUAAGUAUAUUAGGGAAUGGUAAUCAUGGAUUUUGUGAUACAUUUGUAAAUGGUAAUAACUAUAAAAAAAAUAAUUCUUAUGAAAUUACAAUUGGUAAUAAUAAAUCAGCAAAUGAUGUAUCUAAAAAUAUGAAUAACAAUAUGGUUAUAUUAUACAAUAAUAAAAAUAAUGAAAAUAGAAGUAGUAAUAUUAAUAUGAGUUUGAAUAAUUAUUGUAAUAACAAUAAUAAUAAUAAUAAUUACUGUUAUAGCAUAUUUCCGAAUCUGUUGUCUAAUUUUUAUAAUAAUUUUUAUCAAUUUCGUCCGAGUAUUACAUCAAAUAGCGAUAAUUGUAAAAAUAAUAUAUAUAGUAGGAAAUAUAAUAUAAAUGAUGAAAAUAACAAUAUUAGCGAAAAUAACAAUAUUAGCGAAAAUAACAAUAUUAGCGAAAAUAACAAUAUUAACAAAAAUAACAAUAUUAACAAAAAUAACAAUAUUAACAAAAAUAACAAUAUUAAUGAAAAUAACAAUAUUAGCGAAAUAACUGGUUUAAAUACAAUUAAUUCACGAAAUUUAUUAAAUAUAGAAAUUAAUAAUGAUUACAAAAAAGGCUAUAUUAAUGAAGAAAAUGAUAAUUAUUUUAACCCAACAUAUAUGAAUCAAUGCAAUGCAAAAUUAUAUCAUGAAAAAAAUUUAGACAGCAUAAAUAAAGAGACAAAUAUAGAUGCAAUUGACAAAAAUGAUGAAAAUGGGAAAAAUUGCAAAAAUGGGAAAAAUUGCAAAAAUGGCAAAAAUGGGAAAAAUUGCAAAAAUGGGAAAAAUUGCAAAAAUGGCAAAAAUGACAAAAAUGGCAAAAAUGACAAAAGUUAUGAAAAUGGCAAAAAUGACAAAAGUUAUGAAAAUGACGAAAAUUAUGAAAAUGGCAAAAAUGACGAAAAUAAUAAUAUCGAAGAAUUCGAUGAAAACGUUAGCAUCGAUCAUGUACGUAAUGGAAAUGGCUCAAUAAGAAUUAAACACAAUUUAAAUAAUGAAAGAAUAAGGAAUGAAAUUACUGAAGGAAAUAUAAAAAAUGUAGAAUGCCAUAAUAGAGAAUUAAUAAAAUUAAAUAAAAUUUAUAAUAACAAUGAGCAUGCAGAUGAAUAUAUUAAUAAUAGAAAAUCUGAUGAAUUUUAUAGAAAUGAGGAAAAUUAUAAUUGUGAAAUAGUUUCAAACGAUGGGAAAAAUGAAAUAUGCUCAAGUUCACAAAAUACAAAACAAAAAUGUCAUAAUAUUUUGGAAUCAAACAUUAGUAAUUUUAUAGAAGGUGAAGCAUAUACAGAAAACAAAAAUAGCAACAAUUACAUGAAUAAUUAUGAUGAAAUAUUAGAAGACAAUAAUAAAAAUAAUAAUAUUAUUGAUGAUAUAAAUAUAAGAGACAUAGAUAAAGAAAAUGACAAUAACAAUAAUUUUAAUGAUUCUGAAAAUUCUAGAAAUGUAAAUAAUAAUAGAUAUGAAAACAAUAAUUCUGAGAAUAUUAUUUCUACACAUCAAAACCAUGGAAACUUGAAUGGACAUAACAAUUUUCCAUUUUCAUAUAUGAAUCAAGAAACUACUAAUAUAAAUAAUAAUAUUAAAUUUGAAAAUAAUGAUAUAAACUUAAAUACAGAUUUGUUAGAUAAUUCAAAUAAUAUUUCUUAUGACAAUAAUAAUAAUAAUAUUCAAAAGGAUAGCCAAAAUAAUAUCUGCUACCCGCUUCUAAAUAAUGCUCUUCAUAAUUAUAGUGAUAAUAGCCAUUAUUAUAAUACUCAAUUAUUAUUCGGAAAAUAUGAAACUAAUUUUGAAAAUAUAAAUAAAAAUUAUCAAAUAAAUAAUGGAUAUAUAAAUAAUUAUCAUCAAUUGGAAAAUGGAGAUAUAAUGAAUGUUGGAUUGGAUAACAGUUGUAGCAACUAUUGCAAUAAUGAAUCUAAUGAAAAUUCAAAUAACCAUUCAAGUACUUAUUGUGAUGGAUAUUGUAAUGGAGAAUAUGAAAAUUGUAAUAAUUCUGGUAUGGUUUGUGUUUUGGAAAAUAAUCAAAAUAAUCAAAAUAAUAAUUUAAGCGGUUCUGAAAAUAUUCAAAAUGUUAAUAUGAAUUUUAAUGGAUUCAACAUACCAUUUAAUAAUGCAUAUAUGGAAAAUACACAAAAUAAUAAUAAUUUAAAUUAUUUUAAUAAUGGUAAUAUUUAUGAAUUAAAUUCAAAUUUUCAAAAUAUGUCUGAUGAUAGUAAUAAUAAUAAUAUAAACAUUGACAUUUAUAAUAAUUGCAACUCUGGAAAAAUUGAGAAUUGUAACAAUUAUGACAAUAGUACUACCUAUAUAUAUACAAACACUACUUCCACUCCUGUCGACACAAAUAAUGAUAAUUAUGAAAAUUUUGUAUGGAAUAUUUCUAAAGUAUGCAAUAAUGUAGGGAAUCUAUGUUACACCCUCAUUAGUAACAGUAAUACAUUGGGCCAAGGGGUGAGUAAUAAUUUAGAAAAUAGUUUAGAAAAAAUGAACAAUUUUAGGAAUAUAUAUACUUGCUUGGAAAAUAUUAAUAAUGAAGAAAAUUUUAAAAAUACAGAAAAUGGUGAGCAUUUAGAAAAUAAAAAAAAAAGUCAGAAUCCAAAUAAUAAAUCAAUUUCAUCUGGAAUUCAUAAUGAUGAUCAUAUUAAUUCUAGCAAUGAGCCAUUUGGUAGCGAAAAUGAAAAUGAAAAUGGAAAUGAAAAUAGAAAUGAAAAUGAAAAUGCAUAUAAUAAUAAUAAUAAUAAUAAUAAUGUAAAAGACAAUAUGAUGAUUAAUAACAAUCUAAGAUCAGAAAAUACUAAAAAUUAUAUUACUGGCAUUAUAAAUGAAAAUAAACAUUAUGGUUGUAGUUGGAAUGGUUUUGAUUACCCAAUUAAGGCAGAAAUUGAUGAAACACAUUUGAUCAACAUUUAUAAUAAUUUAUAUGAAAAUCAGCAAAUUAAUAUGAUUGAAGAUUCCAAUAUAGUUAAAAAUAUAUAUUCGAAUGAUUCUAUUUAUGCUUAUUUAAAUACAAAAAAUUACUUGGAUACAUUAAAUAAUUUUAAUAACUCUAUGAAAUUUUGUUUUAUGAAUAAUAAGUUCAAUAAUAUAAAUUACGAAAACAAUAAUUAUGAAAAUAAUUAUUGUGUUAAAGACAUUUCCGAAAAAUCAAAUAAUAGUAGCAAGGAAGGUAUUACCAUAAGUAACAUGUGUGAUCAUCAGAUGGAUCAACAUAAUAAUAACAUUCCAAAACAAGGGAUAUUCAAUAAUAACAUUGGCGAACAUUUUAACUUACCCUUUGAUGCAUAUUCUAGUAAAAUUUCUAACGAAGAGUAUGAAAUAAAUUCCUAUCAAAGUAGUAACUAUAGCAGUAAUAAUAGCAAUGCCUCUCAUAAUUAUGACAUACGUGUUAAUGGCCAAAGAAAAGUCCCUAAAGGCACCAAAACUAUAAACCGGACGAGAAUACAAAAAACAAAUUGUAAUCCUGGACGAGUUGCUAAUAAGAGUAAAAGAAAUCAAAAUAAAAAGAACUUAGGGAAAUCCAAUAAAAUUACACCCACAAAACAUUCACGUUUUAAUAUUAAUUGUUGCAAAAAAGAGAAAAAUGGAACCGAAGAAAAGGAAAACAAUUGUUUAAAUUGGAAUGAAUGCAAUCAAACUGGUACCAAUUGUAGAAUAAUAACAACUAGGAAUCAAAUGAAAAAUAGUAAUUCCAACGUAAUCAAUAUUAAUCGAGAAGAACAUGACGAUGAAAAUAAUGACGCAAUUAAUUUACUAAAUAAUAAAAGAGGAAGAAGGCAAAAAGUUAUGAAAAGAGAUAAUAUGGAUAAAAGAGGAAAAAGAUGUAAAAAAGACAAAAAAAAAAAUACUACCAAAGAAGGAGAACUAAAAUUAACAUAUAAAGAGCGCCGUUAUAACAAGAAACAAGAAAUGAAGAGAAAAAAAUAUGAAACUCAAAAAUCAUUGUUAUCAAAUUUAGAUGAUAAUAUAAAAGAAAUGGUUGAUGAAAUUGUUAAAACUUCUUUUUUACUACCAGCAAAGGGUUUGAAAGGCAGAUAUGCAUUAGAUUAUAAUCAUCCUAUUCAUAGUGUUUGGAAAGAUUCAACAAGAGGACAUUGCUCAUGGAGAUGUAGAUGGUGGGAAAAUGGGAGAAGAUUAAGUAAAAAUUUUAAUGUGAAAAGAUUUGGUAAUGAAUGCGCUUUGCGAUUAGCCGUUGCAAUGAAAUUACAUAAAAGUACUCCUAAAGAACAAGAACAUUUAUUAAAGCAACAACGAGAGUUUCUAAAAUUAUGUUAUAAAAAUAGGUGGAUAAAUAAUGAAGAUAAAUGUGAUGAAAAUUGUAUGGAUAAUAACAAUGAUAAUAAUAUUCAAAAUGACGUUGAAACUAGUUCCGAUAAUACUGCUAACAACAAUAUUGAUAAUAAAUCCAAUGAUGCACACACAAAUAGCAACGAUGACGAAAUUAGCGAUCAAUACAAUAAGAACAGCGUGCUAAGUGAUGAGUGUAGUAGCGAAUCAUAA